GCUAAUUCCAUCGGAAAGGCUGUUCCCUUCAACCGACAAAGAACCUCUAACUUUGGCACUGUGAUCCAGCACCUUCACUUCCCCCGAGAUCAUUUCCAGCCAACAUGCCGGCUCUGCUGGGACUUUUCCUUUUCUCAGUGCUUCUAAGGACAGGCACCUCUCUGGAAUGUGAAGUUUGCUCUGGCUUUGGUAGCAGCUGCACUGGCAGCAUGGAGACCUGUUAUGCUGGCCAAGACACCUGUGUCAUCACACUGUCUGAAAACUCACUAGCUGGUGAAAAGCUUCAGAUGGUGACGAAGGCCUGUGGAUACUCCUAUGAAUGCAAAAUGCCUGCCAUUUAUCAAAAUUUUGGGUCAGGGAAAUACACACGAUCAUUUGUCACCUGCUGUGCUGGGGAUGCCUGUAAAACGGCCACACCUCAGUUUCCACCAGCAAUGACCACAAGCAAUGGGAAGCAAUGUCCUGGCAGCUACUGUUUGUCCCCUUUUGGAUGUGAAACGGAGACUGUGGAUUGUGUUGGAGAGGAGAACUACUGCCUUGAUAUAGAGGAGAAAAUAACAUACGGUAAAUUUGUCAUGCACAUCACCAUGAAGGGCUGUGUUACAAAAGAAGUGUGUGCUGUUAAAGAGGGUGAAACCUCCAUUGCAGGGGGUCAAGCUGAUGUCAUCAAAGCCGGGUGCAAACCAGCUUCCGUUGCCAACUGAGUGACUUCUCUUGACAGUCUGAUUCCUUCCCCACUUUUGCUUUGAGUGAAGUGACUCUUGUAACCUUUCUUAUUCAUUUUGCCAGAAGUCGUGUCUCUGUUGGUGAACUUGAAGUCACUUCAUCUUUUCUGGAGAUUUAGAUUUCCCCUUUAUUUUGUACAUUUAUUUUACUGAUUCAUUUGGUUCAUUUUACCAGUAAAGCUCAUUUUCAAGAGCA